AUGUAUCAUGGAAUGAACCCGAACAGCGGGGAUCCAUUCCUAGAGAAACAGAAGCAGCCGCCCCCGCCGCAGCUUCAGCGCUCCCAGUCCAGGCUCUCCCUGGUGGUCUUGUGGUUCCAGCUGGCGCUGUGCUUUGGCCCUGCACAGAUCACGGGCGGUUUUGAUGAACUCCAUGCUUGUGCUGAUCCUGGAUUCCCUGAAUAUGGAUAUAAGAUGCCCAGCACAGGUGUAUUCUUUGAAAGUUCAGUAGUCCGGUUUCAUUGCCAAGAAGGAUAUAGGCUAAAGGGUCCAUCCAAAAAGCUUUGCGAGAGACAUUUUAACGGCUCCCUGAGCUGGAAGCCAAGUGAGAAACCUGUGUGCCUACAAGAAGAUUGCCUUGCUCCAAUUGUUGAAGAUGCAGAGGUUUAUAACAAGACAUACAGGACUGGAGAUAAGUUAAUUAUCAGCUGUCAUGAAGGAUUCCAGAUCCGUUACCCUGAUAUAGACAACAUGGUUUCUGUAUGUCAAGACGAUGGAAGUUGGGACAAUCUGCCCAUUUGCCAAGGUUGCCUGAGGCCAUUGGUUCUUCCUCAUAGUUAUAUUAACAUAUCUGAGUUCGACUCUUCCUUCCCAGUAGGAUCAAUUAUAUAUUUUCAGUGCUUUCCUGGAUAUAAACUAGAGGGGACAGAGUUCCUUGAGUGCAUGUAUAACCUUAUCUGGUCAGAUAGCCCACCUAGGUGCCUUGAUGUGGAAGCUAACUCGUCCUCAUGUUUUGUGUGUUUCCAAGUGUGCCCACUACCUCCUAUGGUGACUCAUGGAGAUUACAUUUGCCACCCGCGGCCUUGCGAGCAUUACAACCAUGGAACUGUGGUGGAGUUCUAUUGCGAUCCUGGCUACACUCUCACCAAUGACUACAAGUAUAUUACCUGUCAGUACGGAGAAUGGUUUCCUUCCUAUCAAGUAUACUGUGUCAAAACAGAACAAACCUGGCCAAAUACACAAGAAACUCUCCUGACAACUUGGAAGAUUGUGGCAUUUACUGCUACCAGUGUUCUUCUGGUACUUCUACUAGUUAUUCUUGCCAGAAUGUUCCAGACCAAAUUUAAGGCACGCUUCCUUCCGAGAGGUGCUCAGGAAAACUGCAGCAGCGGCCCAGACUUCGUGGUGGUGGAUGGCGUUCCUGUCAUGCUUCCUUCCUAUGAUGAAGCUGUGAGCAGCAGCUUGAAUGCCGUGGCACCAGGAUGUGUGUCCCCUGCAGGCCAGGGGUAUAUUUUACAGGGCGAUGAUCAGAACCCUCCAGCUUACCCCGGGCCAGAUGAUCUGGACAGAUUGCCAGCAGAAUUCGACACCUGUGACAGCAUGUCAGGCUCUUCUGAACUUCUUCAAAGUUUGUACACAUCUUCAGUGUGUCAAAUAGGAGCACAUCCUGUCUCAGAGAGGACUGAUGCUAUCAACAGCACCACCGGGGAAGUAGCAUCCACCAGCCCAAGCAUUGACAUUGCAGAUGAAAUUCCAUUGAUGGAUGAAGACCCUUAA